AUGGAUCAUUUGGAAACCACCUAUAAAUUUUUGAUACCGUCGUUCAUGCCAGCCAUAACUCAUCCCCUGACUUAUGCCAGGACAAUGAUGUUGUUGGGGUAUGAACCAUUUCCUCCUGUUCGUCGAUUUACUUUACGUAACAUUCUACGUCCAAACUAUGAAGUAUAUUACUACCCAAGUGUUUUCACUUACUGUCGUAAACUUCGCCAAGAGGUCGGGUUGUAUGGGAUUUUCACCAUUGGACUUCCUGCUAAUAUUAUUGGGUCGUUUGUUAAGUCAUACUCUACCAACAUCACUAUGGAGUAUUUAACUCCGGACUUUUUUGAAAAGAAAACAUUUUUUGAAACUGAUAAAGGAAUCAAAAUUUUUUUGAUCAGUACCAGUAAAUGUACUGUUGCUCGAGUAGUGGGUGUAGUUGUUAGUUAUCCAUUCCAAGUCAUAAUGAUUCGCCAAAUGUCGCAAUUUAUCAAUGGGACACGAUUAUAUGAUUGUAUUUUCAAUGCUUUUCCUACUAUACUGAGAAAUGAAGGUUUUCUAAGUUUCUUCAGUGGUUUGACACCUAGAUUAAUUGGAGAAGUUAUUACAGUUUGGUUGACUGCUUGUCUUGCCUAUUUUUUCAAUAAAUAUAUUUUCAUGGACCGUAUCGACCCUCCUCUGAAAAAGCACACUCCCUUGGUAACUGAGAUGAUUGUAAGUGGCGCCACUCAUGGACUCACAGUCACCUCCACAGUUAUGGCUGCUUGUGACUCGACUAUUAACGUCGUACCUGUAUUCAACAAUUGGUGGCAAUGUUAUUCCUAUCUCAGCCAAUCUGACGCUUUUGUUAGAGGAUCAUCUUUAUUCUUCCGACGUGCUCCAUCACCAGUGUCUAAAUUACAUGGCUAUAGUCAAUGA